AUGGCACCCUUCCUUGAAACAGUCAAGUCGUUUAAAGAUGUGCCCAUCAAUGACGAUGGUGUCAAUACUGUCGCAUUCCUCGAAGCUGGCGAUGGUGUCGUCCGCAUGCUUAAGGAACUCACUGGCCUUAUGAGCACCGUUGGCUCGAAGGCGUUUUCGCCCGUCAUCAACGACAUCCAGGGUAACAUCACGAAAGUUCGUGAACGGUCAAAUGCGGCUCCCUCACAGUCUGCGACUCUGGAGCUGCUAGUGACCAAUGAAAAUAACAACAAAGUGGGAAGCGCAACAGAGGGCCUCAUGUGGCUGCUUCGCUCCCUGGCAUUCACGGGCAAAUCCCUUCAGCAUGCACAGAACAACCCAUCAGAAGAUCUCAAAGUCGCCUUCACGAAGGGAUAUGAUGUUACUCUCGGGCCUAUCCAUCGUGGCGCUGGAUUCUUCAGCACUGCUAUUGGAUAUUGCCCACCUCGUAAGAACUUCUACGAGAAGCUUGCAGCCAAUCCGAAUGGAGAGCCAUGCUCGCAGGAGCUGCUUGACAAGCAGCUCAACGAUUGGAUCACUGGUCUUGAUACCAUCAUCACGAGGAUGGACAAGUUCUACACAAAGGGGAAGCAUGGAGAGAUAUACAAGUCUGCAUGA